UGACGGCCCUGCCGGUGGUCUUUGGGAGUCGGUGAAGUUCGCGGCGCCACCUGCGCGGUCACCGCGUUCCUGGGCGAUGGAGAAUGGAGCGGUGUACAGCCCCACGACGGAGGAGAACCCAGGCCCUGCCAGGGGCGCCCGGAGCGGCCUCGCCGCCUACUUCUCUCUAGGCCGGCUUCGGUUGCAUCGGCGCUUGUUUAAAGUCUUGCAGCUGUUGCUGUCCCUGCUGGCCUUCAUCUGCGAGGAAGUCGUGUCACAGUGCACCUUGUGUGGAGGACUUUACUUCUUUGAGUUCGUGAGCUGCAGUGCCUUUCUUCUGAGCCUCCUCAUUCUGAUCGUGUACUGCACUCCAGUUUAUGACAGAGUGGACGCGGUCAAAGUCAAGUCAUCGGAUUUCUAUAUUACCCUGGGAACAGGCUGUGUGUUUUUGUUGGCAUCCAUCAUUUUCGUUUCCACACAUGACAGGACCCCAGCUGAGACGGCCGCCACUGUGUUUGGGUUUCUGGCAAGCUUUAUGUUCCUGUCCGACUUUGCCAGUAUGUUCUGGGAGAAACAGCAGGAGUCCCAGACGAGAAAACCUGAGGCUGCCAGGAGGACAGAGGCCCUCACUGAACCACUUAAUGCAUAAGGACCUAGGGAAUAGGUGUGACAUAAGGUAUCAAGUGCGUCAUGCCUGAACCCCGGCAGAAGCUCUUGUAGAAUUUGUGUAAUUAUUAAACCACUUCUUUGGGGAGCAAGGAGAAGGGUGGGAAGGCACUUUUAUUAAUAGUGGAUUCUGUGUCAGUCGCCACAAAUUAGGCCAGAGAAUUUUUUGGUUCAAAAAAAUUUUUUUUAAAUAACGGUAAAAACUUCCGUCAAAUGAAAUGGUUUUGUUUUUGUUUUGGAGGACAGUUGUUUCUUUAAAUCACAUAGCUCAACUGAUGAUAUUUUAUUCUCUCAUCAUUACUAGGCCUAGCUUUCAAAUUAGGCUGUAGAGCCAGCAUGAUUAAAUUCAUCCAUUUAGAAAUUGUUUUGUUUUCAAAUGUAUUUGCUUAGUAGGAGGGCUUUUUUUUUUUUGAUGACCAGAUAAAAUUAAUGUAUAUUUAAGAGAUCACUAUUUAAAAUAUUGGUCUAGAAUAUAAUACCCAAGCUUUACUGUAUCUCACUCAGCCUUAAAAUUAUAUUGUAACAUUUUAGGAUAAUUGUUAUUAACUCUUUCUGAGACCUCUUCCAGCCUAAUAGUAACUAUAUGGGAGGCGUUGUUAUUUUAUACGUAUAAAAGAAACAUCACGAAUGCUAUGUUUAUACUGCACUUUGUUGUCAAUAAGCGAGAAAAAAGGAUUUUUAUAUAAUAUAACACAUAGAAAAAUGGAAGAAACUCUCAUGGCUAAGUAAGGACCAAAGAUAAAAAAAGAUACACUUCUUGCACAAUACAGUGAUUAUUAAAAACGGGCUUCAACCGCUUACCACUGUCUGAAAAGUUUUAAGUUCAUACUAGGAGCUAGAAGUUGGUCUGUUUCCCUCUUGGUAUAUUGCUGUUUCUACUGAAGUUAAUUCAGCUCUGAAGGUCCUGAUCAGUGUUUUCUUUGAAGCCUACCCUCUUUUUAAAACCCUAGCCUUUGAUUUUAUUAUUUAUUUGAGCUUCUCCCUUUUCUCUUUAUCCACAUGAUCCAUCCACUGCUUCAUAAUCUGGCAGAACUGAGCCCCUGACUCCGACUUUCAUGCGAUAGCCCUUGUCUUUACGUAGUCCCAACUCUGGGGCCUUUGAACAUAGAGUGUGUAGCAGGAUCGUGGGGGUUCUUGUUCCCACAUUGGCGAUUACUCUGACUUCUCCUUGGGGGAGACCUUCUUAAGAAAGAGAGUAUCUAGCAUAUCCUGCCCAGGUUAACACCAGGGAUGGUGUGAGUGGGGCAGUGAAGCCAUUCUCUAUUCCAGGCAUUCCACUUCAGACCAGUUCUGAUAGUUUGGAAGAAUGGUCUCUUGCUGGCAGGCUGUCUCUGAGCCAGCCAGCCAGGGCACUUGGGGUAGGUCCUUUCUGACCAAGUGGUUCGCAGAAUAGACUUUUCUUGGCUUCCUCUUAGAUUUUUGACCCAGGACUCUGGUGUUAAGUCAAUGAGCCCAUGCGUCACGUACUUCAGGGCUUCGGUGGAAGUCUUCCAGGUGAGGUGGGCUGGGUUUUCUAUCUGAAAGAGUGGAGUCAUGUUUCCAGUGAGACCAUCUAAUGCCCCUAUCCUUUUUGUCUCAUUUGUGUGUGUGGAUGUGGCAAAUGUGGUUGUCAGAAUUCAUCAUUAGGGCCUGACACAGCUCUCUUGCUCUCUUACUGACUCAGGACUGUAUCCAUUUGUACCCAAGUUUGGAUGGUAGUGCCCAUGGUGCUGUCACCACUACCCACUUGGGGGAUAACGAACCAGAUCACAGAUGCUGUGUUUACUGGGUAUACUAUCCACGAGAGGAGAACUAGCCUGAGUCUUGGGUCCAAGAAUAAAGAGUGGUUAGAAGAUAACUAGCUUAUGGUUGGCAAGUUCUGGAAUUUCACAUAUAAGUGUACCACUGUCAUUUUAAGUAACAUCUGGACCCAGCUGGGUUUCACAGCAAACCUAUUUGGGCUACCUCAGGGUCCCUGCGUGUACAUGGGCUUAGUUGAGUCUGGUGGAUGUGUCCCAGCCGGCCUCCUACAUACAGCAAGCAUGUUGGCAUCGAGCCUCAGUGCUGCCUGGUCUGAGGCUGGGCUUCCUUCCAUCUGGUUUAUUGGUUCAGAAGUGGGCCUCUUAGCUGCUACUUAAUCCUUCCCUUUGCAGAGAAUGUCCUUUGGGUCAUUCUAGAACUUCUCUUCAUACUGUUUUCUAUGGGACUCAUGACUGAUUGGCCUCCGUCUUCUGUUGUCAAAGGAAUUUGAGUAAAAAGACCAUGUGGUGAAUAAAAAGCUCAAGGAAAACUUGGGACCAAAACCCCUUUUAUGUCCAAAAAAGGGCAAACUCAGUAAACUGAAAUUUCUCAUCAUUUUUUAUUAGUAGCCGUGUUAGAUUUAAUCUGUUAUAUUUUAUACAAAUAAACUGUUUAAAAUGGUUCUUAAAGAUUUUAAGGGAAAAUGUACACAGUAUAAGAAUUUUAUAACCGCUGUACUUAAAUUAUGUUCUGCUUGGGGAUUGGGAAAUGUAUUUUUACAUUGUUCAUAGCCAAUUGCUUUUGUAUUUAUCAAUUUAAAUCCUGUGGGGUCUUUUUUUUUUUGUCUCUCUCAAUGUCAAAUUUUAUAGUUUUCUUUUUAAAUAAAUCCACUUUAUUGUCUA